CCAGCGUCCAUUUUUAUGUCACGGCCACCACUUGAAAGCAGCUGCACGGAGCUGCAGAUUUUGGAGUUCAGUCCGGCCCGUGGGUGCCCCUCCCAGGCCAGCGGUGGGGCUGCAGCGCUCACCUUCGUGCGCAUCUUUCUGCUCUUCCAUCAGGGAUGUGUGCGGCAGCAAGAAUUUACCUCUUUGGAGGAGAAGCCACAGUUCCCGGGAGCAUCCGCCGAGUUCAUAGACAGGCUGGAGUUUAUCCAGCCCAAUGUCAUUUCAGGGAUCCCCAUCUACCGGGUCAUGGACCGGCAGGGCCAGAUCGUCAAUCCCAGUGAGGAUCCGCAGAUUUCACAAGAGGAGGUGCUCAAGUUCUACAAGAGCAUGACGCUUCUCAACACCAUGGAUCGGAUCCUCUACGAGUCCCAGAGACAGGGGCGGAUUUCCUUUUAUAUGACCAACUAUGGGGAAGAAGGCACACAUGUGGGCAGCGUGGCAGCUCUGGACGACGCUGACCUGGUCUUCGGACAAUAUCGAGAAGCAGGUGUCCUGAUGCACAGGGGGUACCCUUUGGACCUGUUUAUGGCCCAAUGCUAUGGCAAUGCCAGUGACCCCGGGAAAGGCCGCCAGAUGCCCGUGCAUUAUGGCUGCAAAGAUCUGAACUUUGUCACCAUAUCGUCCCCGCUCGCUACCCAGAUCCCACAAGCGGUGGGGGCCGCCUAUGCCUUCAAGCGGGCGAACACAAACCGGGUUGUGAUCUGCUACUUUGGCGAAGGGACGUCCAGCGAAGGUGAUGCCCAUGCCGGCUUCAACUUCGCUGCCACCCUCGAGUGCCCCGUCAUAUUCUUCUGCCGGAACAACGGCUAUGCCAUCUCUACUCCUACAUCCGAACAAUACAGGGGUGAUGGAAUCGCCGCCCGGGGGCCUGGUUAUGGCAUCCAGUCGAUCCGAGUGGAUGGCAAUGAUGUCUUUGCUGUGUACAAUGCUACCAAGGAAGCCCGACGUCGCGCCGUUGCAGAGAACCAGCCAUUUCUCAUUGAGGCCAUGACCUACAGGAUCGGGCACCACAGCACCAGCGACGACAGCUCAGCCUAUCGCUCCGUAGAUGAAGUCAAUUACUGGGACAAGCAAGACCACCCCAUCUCUCGUCUCCGUCACUACAUGGUGAACCGGAACUGGUGGGACGAGGAGCAGGAGAAGAGCUGGCGCAAGACAUCUCGCAAACGGGUGAUGGAGGCCCUCGAGGAGGCGGAGCGCAAGCUGAAGCCGAGACCUCAGCUCCUCUUCUCGGACGUUUACUGCGAGAUGCCCCAGCACAUCAAGAAGCAACAGCAGGGCUUGGAGCGCCAUCUGAAGCAAUACGGAGAACAUUACCCCCUGGACCACUACGAGAAAUGACCGGCUGCCUAGUAGGAAGCUCUCCUCACAUCCCUGUUCCCCACCCCUGAGGGCUGCUGCCCCCACCAGGGUGCCAGCGGGCUCGCUGGCAUCUUCAACACCUCCCUGGUUGCCCCAAAGUCUCCAUUGUUCUGCGGUCAGGGGGCGCCCUCUGGCUUCCAUCCACCCCUCUUCUUGCCUUUCAGCCAGAGCCUCCCUGGGCCCCGCCAAGAUUUCCUUAUGAAAGGGCAGGGCGGCUGGUGCUUUGCUUUCUGUCCCUUCCAGCUGAACGGCCUUCCAUUAUUAUUUUUUUCUUUUUUAAAGGCAAGCCGAGAAGAAGAGAGCCUGCCUGGGGCUUGGUCAGCCUGCGGCAAGAGGCUGAAGUGGGAUUGGGGAACCCGCUUUCUGGGGAAGUUAAACGGAGGGUUAACGCGUGCGUUGCUCGGUGUAUUUCUGUAAACAUCUGGGGUGGGGUGGGGUGGAAUCUCUCUGAAUAUCCCUCCUUCAUUCUAAGAGGGUCAAGCAUCAGAUAUUUGAGGACUUCGACCUAGCUUUGCCCUGAAUUUGGUUUCUGGAGCAAGGGACGAUUCGUCUCCCCGUUUGGCUUCCUGGGUUCUUUUCUUGGAAAACAACAGGGCUGGGGUUAUUGCACUGUUUGGGGGUCAAAUACAUAGCUUGGUAGUUGGGCACUGUCUGGGACUCCAUUUUAUGAGGAACACGCUCAUCUUUUAUGAUUGAGACCGACCACCCUCACCCCGGCAGUCAGUUUGUGCUGCUGCCAGCAAUAGCUGCUUCGAAUUUCAAAAUCUGCCCUCAAGGGGCCCUUUGGGAAAGCUCCCUUUUCACCUAUUUGUAAAGCAAAGGGGAUGUCUCUUCCUCGUAGCUACUCCCUUGUCACUAUAGCAAUAGUCAGAGGUUCUCAGAGCAGUAGCGGUUGCUAGGGAUUUGCAGAAGGCUGGUGAGGACCGAGGCCCAGAAGCUGCGUUCCCGGAUGCCCUGAGUGGCUCCGAAUGAUCCGGCGAUGGUUAUUUUGCACAAAAAGCUGAAAAAAACCUUUGAGCUGCACAUGCAAUCUCGAAAACCACAGAAACGUGUCCCAGCUCAGUGGCCGUGGACUGGAGUUGCCUUAUCUUGCUGCUUUCUAGGCUAAAGGACUUUCUUGGGCUCUAACAUAUCCACCUUCCUUGUUGUUCUGCCCCAAUUCAGCUAGCAAAUCGGGGUCACCUUGGCGUCUGGCUAAGGAAGAGGCCGGGUUUCUCAAAUGGCUCUCCAGGGGGGAAUAUUGCUUUAGGAAAACCCAUAGACCGAGCGGAAGGCUUGAAAGGGGGUGCCCCCGGGCCUUCCAAGAAGCCCACCGUUGAAAGAGACAUGACAAAUGACUUCUUUGCGAGAUCUGUAGAUUCAGCCCCAAAUCAGUCACCAGCUAAUUUAUCGUAACACUACAGGGGUGUCCUUCCAAGGAUGCUGCUGCCAGUGUUGAAUGUCUGCAGAUUUCUUUGGGACUGGGACGUCUUUGAACGACAGGGGAGACCAGCAAUGGCUUUCGAAAUGAGUGAGUCUGGGGCUGUAAAAGCAGGAAAAAGGGAUCCGGAUCGAGCCUUCUCCUUGCGACUUUUGCCCUGACCAAAGGGUGCGUUUUUCCCGGCGCCUUCGUGGUAUAAGGAGAACUCUGGCGGUUCUGCUAUUUAUUCAAAAGCUGUUACAAGUGAAAAUAACAAUUAUUGUGGAUUAAGGGAAUAAUGGGUCAGUGCCAGCCUAUCGAAUCGUAUAUAUGGGGCAAGUUGCAAAAUCAAUAAAUAUUUUUCUGGCCAGUG